AUGUCGAAGUUACCAGGAGACUCGAAAGCACCACAUUUGCGUUUUGAAUACUACCUCGGUGGUGACAUUCUAAUUUUGCAAUGUUUAGGGUUGUAUUCGAUGGGUGGUCUUUUCAAAAAUGCCGAACCAAGUUUCUAUUUUUGGGAAACGAUUCCUUUCAUCUUUGGAGUAGGUGGAUUAUUUUUCGGAUUAAUGAGUGACUUCCGUAGUGUAUUCAUAGAAACGCGAAAAAAGUCUUUAUAUGCCAUUGAAGUUCUUGCAGCUGCUCUCUGCUGUUCCUUGGGAAUAUACAAAGGCUUUCGUUUAUGGGUUUAUCGGCAUGAAUUUUACCACUUCAUAAAAGUAUUCCACCUUCGUUGGAACGAUGAAGUAUCCCAAAAUACGAUAACAGACAGAAUGGUGGAAGACGCUAAGUCAAUGCGUUUGUUCAGGAUUUGGUAUGGUGCAGUCGUUGCGGCAAUUUUCACGGCAUAUGUAUUACGUCCAUGUCUGGUAUAUCUUCGGUUCAAAUUAUCUGGAACCAAUGACACCUUCGAUUAUUCACAGACUGCUUAUCCGGCUGAGUAUCCAUUCACAUUAUCUACACCUCACUCCUUUUUCUGCUGCAUUAUUUUAGAAGCAAUUGGAAUCUACUUCUUGAUUCUUUACUGGACAGCAGUUGAUGGACUUUUUGCUCAGUUCACAACACACUUGGCGAUUCACUUUCAAGUACUUGCAAAUCGCUUGCUGGAUAUACCAACUAAUGAAACGGUAGGCUCGCAUCAUACAGGAAUAGCUGUGCAACGAUUGAAGAAAACCGUGCAGGACUAUUUGAUGUUAUUCAAAUACGUCAACAAAUUGGAAAAAAUAUAUAAUCCAAUACUGUUUGGUACUGUAUUGGUCAACGGUUUGAAUCUUUGCACCUGUCUUUAUAGCCUACAAUACAGGAUGUCAAACAAUGAAUGGGGAAUGGCCGGAAAAAAUGCACUACUGACGACUGGUAUAACAGCACAAACAAUGAUGUUUUGUAUUUGCGCCCAACGUUUGAAUGAUGAGGUUGCUGGGGUUCGCCAGGCAGCCUACAAUUGUUCGUGGACAGAAUUUAAUUCAACAAUAAAAAAUUUGAUUCUAUUGAUAAUGAUCCAGACUGAACCAGAUUACAUAUACACAGCGUAUGGCUUUAUUUAUUUAAAUAUGCCUCAACUUACAGUGAUUUUCACGGCGGCUAUGCGAUUUUUCACACUUCUGAGGAACAUGACUUGAAAUAUGGUGCAGAAAUUCGAACACACCAUUUUUGUAUAAUGAUUCUGUG